AUGAACCUACAAAUUCAACGCCAAGCGGAUGCAACGUCGGUUCUGCGUGAAAAUCUGCAGAAGCAGCAAAUGCGCUUCAAGCACCAGUCGAAUCGAAUUGAUGAAGCAUGGCUAAAAAUUUCUAUCCAGGAUGUGCUGCUCAACGACCCAGAUUUAGUGGGUCAUGAGCGACAAGAACAGUCACAACAAUCAAGCACAGUUUUGAAAGGUGACACAGAACACAAGGAAUAUGCAGAGCAGCUCAAUGCCACUCUUGAGCGCAGUAUCGGAGCAGCAGCUACGACGAUCGGUAACGCUAUCAACGGUGGAAUGCGCUGCAUAACCAAGUUCUCACUCAGCCGUGACCACAGUUUUGAAGAUAGCGACUCCGAUGAUGAUGUCUGGAUGACUCCGAAAGACCGUCAAAUGGAAAAUCGGAUGAAGGAAGCUUGGCGAAAUGCUUACCUUUGUAGCAAACCUGAUCACGUCUCUCCUGAAGCAAAUCCAGACCACGAAGGCAAGAACUUUCGAGACAAUCGAAUUGAAAAUAAACCAGAAGUUCUGGCUCGGAGUUACAAGGACAGUGAAGGACUCGUUUCAUCUCCGCAAAUUCAGUUACCCUUUACCGGUGGAGCCGCGUUUAAUUCCAGUGUACUGCUGGUGGUACCACCUACUCAAACACAGAUCUUCGUCCAGGAUAAAACGCACCAUGAACACCGUCUAUCUGAGCUACGGCGCCGUCAAUGCCUGGAGCUUGGACAACUCCAGCAGGACGCGCCACGACAAAUUCAGUACCGGGGGCGUCAUCGCGAGACCCAUCCUUCUGUUCCACCACGUCAAUCUGGAGAACAUCGACACCAAACCCAGCGUCACCUCAAGCAAGCUCACACAAAUCGAAUGCAGCGGCUUGUGAAUGACCUUCAACAAGAAGUUACUACCAGAGCGGAGUUGGCGGCACAGCGGUAUUCGUCGAAUAAAUAA